CUACGGCACCUUGGUCUGCCAGUUAAUGGUGUCCGGCGAUCCCGAGGGCGACGCCGUCCAGCUGACCUUGGGCGGGAUCGAUGCCGAUUGGUUCUACUUGGACGGGAAGGCUGUGCGGCUGAACGUCUCCGAGGAAAAGGUGUUGGACCGAGAGGCAUUGGAAACCCCUGUUCUGAUCGUCGCCUUCACAUGCAUGGAAGACGGCUUCUCACCGGCGGAGUACAGGAUCAUAGUCCAGGUGAUGAACGAGAACGACAACAAGCCGCGGUUCCAGGAGGACACCAUUUUGACGCAGAACAUCAGUGAGCUGGCUGCCCCUCACUCCGUGAUCUUCAGCACCCAGGCAGAGGACGCCGAUGGCGACACCCUCAUGUACGUGAUUGACGGCACGUCGGCCGAUGCGAAAUAUUUCCGGAUCGACCUGCCCAACAGCGGGAGGAUCGUCCUGGGCAAAGCGCUGGAUUUUGAGACCAAGAGGCACCUGGAGUUUGUGAUCCAUGCUGUGGAAAUGAACACGAAGGAGAGGUACAACUCCUCAGCCAGGAUCCAGGUCAACGUGAUGGACGGGGACGACCAGUACCCCCAGUUCCUGCCGUGCAACUUCCUGUCGCACGACGGGGUCGGCGUUUGCGUCAGCCCCAUCUACACCACCAACAUCACGGAAGGGGAAGUCAAGACAGAACCCCUCCAGUUCCUGCCGGGUCCCAUCCACGCCGAGGACGGAGACCGCGACCUGAAGGCGGCCAUCACCUAUUCCAUUCUCUCAGGGACAGACCACGGCUACUUCCACAUGGACAAUGUCACGGGUGCCAUCACCAUGCUGCGGCCUGUGGAGAGCAGGAUUCGCACUCCGGUCUACAGCCUCAGUGUCAUGGCCUCUCAGGUGAACGACGCCAAGAAAUACGCCGUAACCGAGGUCCGCGUGCGAAUCCUGGCAGCCAACGGCCACGCGCCGCACUUUGAGAAGUCCCAGCACCAGGCCUUUGUCCACGAAGGCGAGAGCACGGCCUCUCUGGUCCUGACGUACAGCAGGAGGGUGCUCUUCGUCCUGGCCACCGACAUGGACUUCCCCGACGGCUUCAACCCUGCAGUGCGGUACAGCCUCAGGCGCCAGUCCAACCACACGCAGCUCUUCCAGGUCACCCCUGGCGGACUCCUCAUCGCCCGCGCCGACCACCUGAGUGCUCAACAGCGAUACGCUUUGCAGAUCCUUGCGCGAGAUGAGGAGUCGGGCGAGACCACCAACACCACGGUCAACGUGGAGGUGCUGAGUCCUGGCCAGGCAGUCCCCAUGGAUCCUCUCGAAGCCGGGCACCAGGGGACGAUGGACGCCGGGAUCCUGGCAGGCGGCUUGGGGGCGCUGCUCUUGGUGACGGCCAUCAUCCUCUUCCUCAUCCUGCGGGCCAUGAAGAAGAGGCAGCGGCGCCAGCAGAACAUGGAGAGGGCGGCUCUGGCCAUGGAGAAGCACCCCAAUGUGGUCAAUGCUGGAAAGGCCUCCCCGCACCCCGAUAACAUCUACUUCCAGAACGAGGGGUACAGCGACCUUGGCGACGAGGCGCCCAAGAUGUACGGAGUCCAGGUGGCCCUGAACUCCAAGCUGGAUUCGGCGAGGGGCGUGAAAGGCCUGCCCGUUGGUGAAGCACCGCUGGCCAACUCGGUGCCCAAGGUCGGGGGCCAGGCCCAAGCCAGCGCGGCCCCCAAGAAGCCCGAGGAAGAAGAGGAGGCCAAGACGGCUCUCGUCAAUGGGAAGGCCCUCGAGCAAUGCCCCUCUCUCUGCCUGGAAGGCGAGGCCUUGCCCAAAGGUGCGGAGCGGCCAGUGGAAAUGCGGGUGGUGGAAGACGAGGAGGAGGAAGAUGAGGAAGAUGAGGCUACCCUCUUCCCUGUGGACAGUGAGGAGAAACAGUUCGGAGACGCCGCAGGAGGACCCGAGGAAGAACCGUGCUCCGAGGGCAGUCCGCAGCAAGGGGGAGAGUCCGUGCCGGAAGGCAAGAUGGCUGCCAACGGGGGCCCAAGCCACGUGGAGCCCGCUCCUCAGAGCCCCACUGCUGACAGAAACUGUGAGGGUGGCAGAGGGGCUGGGGAGCACCCUGGGUCCCCCAGCGAAAGCAUGGACGCAUCCCAGGUUGUUCCCUGUGGCAUUGCCGCUCCAGGGGCCACGGAGCCCAGCGACGCAACCCCGGUCCCCAAGGAACCAGUCCCCCCGCUGCCGAAGCUGGAAGAGCUGCCCAAAGAGGAUGACGAGGAGGAGGACGACGGGGAGGAGACGCCGAAGGCCGCGUCGCCCACUUAUCGAGACCCCCUGGCGCCUCUGCCUGUCAGCGACGUCAGGAUGCCCGCCACGCUUUUGCAGCUUCUGGAAGAUUCCAUCGAGUGCUAGCCUGCGUCUCGCUGCCCCACCCCGAGCGCGGCCUGCUCGGCCAGGGCAGAGGGAGGACAGUGAACGGUUUAGAGACAAUCUCCUUUCACUGAGGCGAGCGUAACGGGGCAACCGUAGCUCUGGGCAUUGGUUU